UUGUUUUCCUCCUGUUGUGUUUGUGUGUAAAGAUGUGCAGCCUCGUGACGGACCACAUUUGUUUUUGAGUCCUCCUGACAGUUUUCGCUCGGUCAGCGAUAUUUCACAGCAGACAGAAUGUUGAUCCCGAGAUUAAAGUCCGAACAAAAGAGAGCAGCCGGCGUCACAACAACAGCCGCUCGCAUAGUUUCUGACCACAACACGGAGCCCGUCCUCUAUAUGACAACAGCACGGCACCAACGGCACACAUCACAACCACAGAGGAACUGCACACAGACGCAUUAGCAGCCAAUCACACGCCAGGAAAACUCGCAGAUUCAACCUCCUCCCAGACAGUUUAAACAUUUUUGCUUUUUGGUUUAAUUUGACUUUCUGACUUUUCAUCCAGGAUGUUUGGCAGGACUCUUCUGCUCGUCUGUGCUGCUGCUUUAUUCUGUGCAGAUGCUGAGGACAGAUCCAGGCUCUACAGGAGGCCUUCCUGCGUGGGCAUGAGCGUGACUCAGGCGUGUCCCCUGAACUACUCUCCGGUGUGCGGCAGUAAUGGCGUCACCUACCCGAACGAGUGCUCUCUGUGCGUCCACAGACUGGAGAAAAACGCUGACAUUUUGAUUGUGAAGGAGGGGCCCUGCUGAGGAUGACAUCAUCCCACUCGUCCCUCACUGAUGACGUCAUCACACUGCUGCCCACUGAUGACAUCACGUGUACCUUUGACUUCUGUUUGAGUUUAGCUGUUAGAUCAUCAUUCAGACAUGUGUUUUAUAUUUUCAUAUCUCUGUCGGAUGUUUUUCACUCUAAUCUUUCUCCAAUAAAGAUUUUCUGUCUGA